AUGUGGAAGGAUCUUCAGAAUGAUACAGGCAGAAAAAUUAUGAUGAUACAGAUCGACUCCAAACAUGAUGACAAUACCCUCAACACGGUAGAGAUACUUCUGAUUGCUUCUGGUGUGACCGUGAUACUGACAGCAAGCACAGCGAUUGUGAUUAUGUACCGCCGACGUCGAGUUACAAAAACUGAAAACGUUUAUGAACCAAAACGACUGGAGCCUACCUCUCUAAUACAGCGAAUGCGAAGAGCAUUUGAGACAAGCCAGGAGCAGGAGUGUACUCAGCGCACACAGGGGAAUGGUAUCCAGACUGCCUCAAAAACCAAGGGAUUGGUAGAAGGCCACAGUCACGCUACACCAGUCGAUUCCAUCUCCACUCUUGGGGUCGACCACGUCACACUGAACGCUAGCGUUAGAGGGGCCACCGUUCAACACAGGGGAGUGGCAGCUAAAAAACUAAUGCUGGCAACUGUUACCGUGUUGACACUUGUUACUGUGGCUCAGACAGCGUGCAUGUUCCUUCCGCGAGCGAUGAUGACCAUUUAUUUACCCAGAGAAUUAUUACGAAACGAAACCGUGUCUGUGGAGAUUUACUUCAAGAAAAGGACGUACUCACGUGUUGAAGCAGACCAGCUGACCCAUAAUGAUAGUGUCAAAGUGUUUGGUAUGGGAACUUAA